AUGGAUCAAUUAACUUUAAAGCCGCGCAAGGCGGUGGUGGAGGUACCAAUAGAGAAUUGGGAUGAUGACGAUUUGGAUUUCGGAGCGGACGACCUCAGCUUUGGAAGCAGCGCACCUUUGACCGCCGCAACGACCCAACAUAGGGAGUCGGUAUCUUCAUCGCGCAUGUCGAUAAGAUCAGAUUGGGGGUCGAAUCAAGGUGACGAUGAAAGGCAGGUGCAUCUGCCUGGGGACGACGAACGGUCGACGACGGAUGCAAUUGCGAUGGCCAAGCGUGCGGGGAUUCCUAUACCAGAAAACGUACCUUCUUCGGCGCUGCUGGGAGGGACGAUCAAAAAGCUCGGUGGAAAGAAGAUUAAAAAGGUUGCUUCAAAUGACUGGGAUUGGGAUGAUCUGGAGCUGCCGGCGGAUGGAGGAUUGAAGAUCAAGCAACCGGACGCCUCAAACUUUCCUGAUGAACUACGCAAGAUAAGCGGAGGUUCUAUCCACACCAGUCCUUCGAAGCCACGUCUACAACCGGCUCCAAAAUUCGACCUUAGUCCGAGACCAGAGCUCAAACCAAAAAUCGCUUCAAGAAACCUUCUCGAUGAAUUCCGAGACCAGAAUGAAGGCGACAUGGACGACGACGAUUUUGGAGGCAACACUCUGAAGGUUUCCAAGAUUCGCGGUGGACGUACGCCACUUCCUCUCAUCACUCCACCAACACCUCUCAAAACUCAAAGUGAGGCCAUAGAGGCUUAUGAUGAUUUCGAGGAAGACCUCCAAUUCCCAAAAAAUGGCGAACCAUUCAAGCUGUCUACUCGUAGAGAAAUUCCCAGAACACCAGCUGCUCACGGUACUUUGGACAUCGAUGACUGGGCUGGGGGUAGUCUUGGAACAAGAUUUGGUGGAACUCGACGCGAUGGCCGGUCAAACAGAAGUUCUUCAGCUUCUGCCCUUAGUCCAAGCGUGGCGAGCUCCCUGACUGUCGAGAGCGAGGACGAAGGACUUGACGGUCUCGUCUUACCCACCGGACCAAUAGCUUUUGACGACAUUCUCAAGAGACGCCAACAAAAUCGUUCGCCAGAUCACCAAACCCCCGAGAAGCAGGCAGCCAAGCGCGCCGAGGUCAAGGAAGAUUUUAUGACCGGCUUGGAGAUUGGAGAUGGCGAUGUAUUCGACUCUGGCAAACUUACUCUUAACCGCAACGUCAAGAUGAAGACGACACGGCAGACUAGCCCAACCCGACCAAAGGCGGCUGUCUCGUUGACCUUCACCAACAAGCCAACACCCGCUCCUAUCUCGCGCCUUCCUCGACCACUAGGUGGCCACGACCGUGCUCCUUCCUCUCUGGAGCCCGUCUCUGAAAGUGGAGGACCUAUCGCGAGCCGCAACCGUCGGUCGCAGUCUAGAAUUGGACAUUCGGCACAUUCAUCAAUUACAAGUAUUGGUACGCCGACAACCCCAUCUGCAUCGUCUAAUGCAUUUCCACCUUCAACGCCACGGCGGCGGGAUAUUGGUUCAAAGCAGUCAAAUCCUACACUUCGCAAUGAGCCCACUACGACCAACGCUCAAUUGCUAAAACUUAAACGGUCAAUGCCAACCAUGCGAUCAUAUCCCCAAUCGCCUGCGAAACCAAUGGCAAGAUAUGAAAGACCGCCAUCUCGAUCGGAUACCAGCAGUAGAGCACAUAACGUGUCUCGGCCCAAGACUCCAGUUGAAAGAGAUAGAUCUGGAGCUGAAUCAAGCUUGUCUCAUGCCAGGCGAAACCCUAUGCCAUUCUUACCUGCUGGUGCCGGUGCUGCGACGAACAAAUCUCACCAUGUCACAAUCACCACCAAGACGUCGCGUCAUUUUCGUCGGAAUGAUUCUGAAUCGUCAAACAACAGUCUAGAGUUACGGCCCUCCUCGCGUGCUGUAUCACGGUCCACUAUGAGAUCUCCCAGCCCGAAGCGAAACUAUCGUGGGGCCGAAUUUAUCGCAAACAGUGCUGCAGCGAAGCGUACUUUGACCAAACCGGUCAAAAACUCAUAUUUAGGUACUGGCCGCGAGCUCGACGAGUUUGACGACUUGCCUACGUCUCAUGUCGUGGAAAAGAGAUUCGUAAAAGAGCCGGUUGGUCGUGGUCCACCAAAGCUGUCCAAUCUUAGGCCUAAGAUCGCAACAGCUGCUCCUCCUUCUCGGACAAGUACACCUGCACCUUUGACUCCAUACUCGCCCGCUAGGAUGAAUGAUGGAUUACCUCGAUUUGCACGUGAUACCACGGCCAGUCGCAUGGCAAGAGAAUACUCCUUGGCCCAACGAGCACCAUCGGCAUCUGGAGCACCUCUGGCAACUCUCACCAAUCAAUGGAAAGCCAAGGUGGCUGCGACGACGGGUUUGACAACCGCAACAGCCCACUCAGUAAGGCCGAAGAAGGCAAAGGGUCCACCCCAAAAACCUCACUUAAUCAAGCCGCUUGGGAAUCUCAACAACCCCAAAUCCCUGAAAGGGAUGUACUACAACCCUCAGACUUUCAGGUGGGAGGGUAAUGAGAACGAGCUUUCCAUGUUUGAUGCGCCCGCUUCUUCUCCCUCGACAGCAUCGAUACCAUCCCAUAUUUUCAAAGACGCCCAUGUUUAUCGCGAGAAGGAGAACACUACACCUCGUCCGGCUCUGAUUCAGAACGUCAACUCAGCACAGAACGUUCAAGUUGUCGGAGGCAUGGUCUUUGAUCCAACCCGUAUGUGCUGGUUGAAGAUGCCCACCAAGAAUGAGAAUAAGAGUGACGCGGGUGACACCAUGGACGGAUUCGAUGCUCUUGAUGACGAAGAGGAAGACGUUUUCAAGGACGUGCCGGAUCUCGAAGACACCAAUACCAAAGACGUUGACGCCAUGGGUCGUCCAAGUGAAGGUGCAAUCUCCCUCGACGAUUGGCUCGUCGGCGAAGAGUUCGAUGUCGGUCCCGAGUUUGUCAGGAGACAACGGGAAGAAGAAGAUAGAUGGAGAAGGAAGUGCGAGAAGUGGAUUACCACUGAUCUCGUCCGUGGUGGAGAUUCCUGGAGAUGGAGUAUCCGCGAUGUUGUCAACGAGCAGUGA